UCCCAGCCGAGGAUCUUUUGCUCGCGAGAGUUCCUCCGUCUAGCUGCACACAACGCUGCCGCAGGAAACAGAGGUGAGAGAAUUGCCGAGACUUAGCUCGACAACACUCCCCGAGGCCCCGCCCCUCCUCUCUGGCCCUCCUCUUGGCCCGGGUCUUGGGCGUUGCACGUGCAGUUGUUGUGGUUCUACGUCACGUGGUCCCGGAAGUGCACGAUAGGCCCGCCUCAAAGAUGGCGACGCCCACCGCUCGAGGACGUGAUCCGCCUUUGCUCCGGCUUGGAUUGUAGCCUUGACGAGGUCUGAGCGACCAUGGACCGGCCGGGGUUCAUGGCAUCGCUGGUGGCUGGUGGGGUAGCAGGUGUUUCUGUUGACUUGAUAUUAUUUCCUCUGGAUACCAUUAAAACCAGGCUGCAGAGUCCCCAAGGAUUUAAUAAGGCUGGUGGUUUUCGUGGAAUAUAUGCUGGUGUUCCUUCUGCUGCUGUUGGAUCCUUUCCUAAUGCUGCUGCAUUUUUUAUCACCUAUGAAUAUGUGAAGUGGUUUUUGCAUACUGACUCAUCUUCAUAUUUGACACCUAUGAAACAUAUGUUGGCUGCCUCUGCUGGAGAAGUGGUUGCCUGCCUGAUUCGAGUUCCAUCUGAAGUGGUUAAGCAGAGGGCACAGGUAUCUGCUUCUACAAGAACAUUUCAGAUUUUUUCUAACAUCUUAUAUGAAGAGGGUAUCCAAGGGUUGUAUCGAGGCUAUAAAAGCACAGUUUUAAGAGAGAUUCCUUUUUCUCUGGUCCAGUUUCCCUUAUGGGAGUCCUUAAAAGCCCUCUGGUCCUGGAGGCAGGAUCAUGUGGUGGAUUCUUGGCAGUCAGCAGUCUGUGGAGCUUUUGCAGGUGGAUUUGCCGCUGCAGUCACCACACCUCUAGAUGUGGCAAAGACAAGAAUUAUGCUGGCAAAGGCUGGCUCCAGCACUGCUAAUGGGAACGUGCUCUCUGCCCUGCAUGGGGUCUGGCAGUCACAGGGGCUGGCAGGAUUAUUUGCAGGUGUCUUCCCUCGAAUGGCAGCCAUCAGUCUGGGAGGUUUCAUCUUUCUGGGGGCUUAUGACCACACGCACCGCUUGCUGUUGGAAGUUGGCAGAAAGAGUCCUUGAAGCAGAGACAGCCUCACCUCCACUUCUGUCAAGAGAGGGGCCUGCAGUGUAAACCCUCUUCCGCUGAGCAGCUGUCUGAACUAUAGGCCCCAGUGCUGAAGACCAGUUCUGCCAAGAUGCCAGCAUCGAGAUUGUGCCAUCCGUGGUGUAGGCUGGCUGGUAUGAAGUCAUUGGCCUGUAUGCCAGAGAGCUAAGAGAUGAAAACGGGGUGUGUGGCGGUACUCUGAACAAUUUCCUCAGAACCUCUUAAUAAAUAAGUUUGGUAUUGCUGAG